GAAUGUUUCAGGAAGAGGUGGUUUGAUCAUGUGACAUACGAAGCCAACAAGAAGUUAAGAGGUCCUUUUAUUCAAACAUUUAGUAUUAACAGAUUAAAUGUAUGUCGACGAACCAUUGAUUUUAAUCACAAAUUAACUAACAAAAAUGUUGCUGGUUCUAUCUGACGAGCAUAAAGAGCAUUUGGGUUUUCUGCAUGAAGUAGACCCAUCAGUUGUUGGUGAAUUCGGACGAAUAGCUGUUGAGUUUCUCCGAAAGGGAUCCAAUCCGAAAAUAUAUGAAGGCGCAGCAAGAAAGCUGAAUGUGUCCUCUGACACUGUUCAACAUGGAGUUGAGGGGCUGAUUUACCUUUUAACCGAAAGCUCCAAACUGAUGAUAUCAGAGUUGGACUUCCAGGAUUCAGUGUUGGUGCUGGGCUUUCCUGCGGAGCUGAACGAGGUUAUACUGCAGCUGUAUCUGGACAACAGGAAGGAAAUUCGUCACAUCCUGAGUGAGCUCGCUCCAACUCUGCCCCAGUACCACAACCUUGAGUGGCGCCUAGAUGUGCAGCUGGCCAGUCGAACGCUGCGGCAACAAGUGAAGCCCACCAUCAGUAUGAAGCUUCACCUGGACAAUGGCGGGACCCAGAGUGCCCGCGUGCUCCAGACAGACCCUGCCACUCUGCUGCACAUCAUCGCCCAGCUGGAGAGAGCGCUCGCAGAGGCAAAGACCAACCACUGCCGUCGAAUCAUGCGCAACAUCAAAUAGAUGCAGCUUUUCUCCCCAAUAAGACAAGGGGCCUUCCUGGCUUGCCCACAAGGGGGCAGUGUAAAGGCCUCUCAAGCAGAGCCGUUGCUCUCAAGACCCAUGCUCAGACAGAUCAGGCAGAAGAGCAUUAAUGAAAUGGCAGCUUUCAACAGGCACUUGCAGUAACACCACUUGACGUUGCGUAGUAGUACAAAGUUUUAAAGACUUUUUUCUAUAUUUUUGUCCUUGAAUUUUUUUUACACAACCUGCUGUUCAUCUUUGUAGCUAUGGGCUUAAAUAAUACGUUAGAACCAGAAAUGAUGGUCAUGUUUAGAAGGGCAUUAGUCCAGCAUUGUACGCAGCUUAUUAGUCAUUUUGGAGGGCCUUCCCAUGUCUUCCGUUCUUACAUUGUUGAACUCGCACUGUAAUCACAGUGUAAUCAUUCACACGCACGUUGUUUUGCAGUUGUCCUUUUUGCCUUACAGGAAUCGUAUGAGUCAUAUGUUAAAAGUCAUAUGUUUAAAAAGUCACUCAUUUACUAAUAAGGUUUACUCCUCUUGGUGGGGAGCUGAUUUCUAAGUGCAAUCAUAUUUGGGACCAGAGUGGCAGGAAGUGCAUGGGAGGCAUGUGUGUGUGUGUGUGGAGGAGGUAAGGAUAUUGCACCGUGCGAUAACUCAAGUCGGUGCGUUGUCAGUCGGUCAGAGGUGAGAGACAGAGCAAUAUAAUGGUGUUACUUGCAUCCAGUUACAUGGCACUUGUUGGAAUACAAGGCACUUGGCGUGAAACGUUUUCUAAGAAAUAUGGACAGAUUGUGGACUGAAAUUUCUCAAAUAAAUCACUUAAUUGAAAA